GAGGCAGCAGUACGUGGGCAAGCUCAAGUUCGCCUUUUUGGAAGCCUCCCCUGCCUCCAAGAAACUGAUCGUGGCUACGGAGGAGAACGUGGUGGCUGCGCUGAACUCCCGCAGUGGUGAAAUCCUGUGGCGACAUGUGGACAAAGGGACCCCUGAAGGGGCAGUGGAUGCCAUGCUGAUCCAUGGUCAAGGUGAGGAAGGGGACGCUCUCCUGGUAGCCAUUUCUCAUUGACUCACUUUCUCCAUGUGGGCAGUCUAGUUAUCCUCGACGUACAGCCACAACUGAGCCAAAAUUUUCUGUUGCUAAGUGAGAC